AUGAUUCGUGGAGUUCGACAUCAACCGAAGUUUGACUCGACUAGACAGAACGCUACCGAUUUCGACGCUAAGGAAGAAGUUCGCAUCUGCAUUUGCGGAGAUAAGAUUCACGUCUGCAUGCAUUCACCACUGGUUACACCAGCCAGGAGAAGCUUGAGAAGGAACUUGAGUCGCCAGCUGGAACGUGAUUGUGAGAACGAACGGACGUCAACAACGAAGGAAUUUGAAAAGGCUCUACAAAUACCAUUACACAGCUACAGUGUAUGGAAGUUUUGUGGCGAUCGAAAGCAAUGGAGGUCGGAUUGGGAACCAGGUAAUAGAUUGAUGGCAAUCCACAACACAUCCAUGUUCGUGCGGCUUUUCCAUCUAUGCUCCGGACAUGCCAUAGCACGGAAGAUCUCCAGACGCCAUUACAUCCGAACCUUAAAUAUCGGUGCGUUUCACAUAGCCAAACAUAUCGAAAAAAUCGAAAAAAUAUUCCCACGUUUGGCCGACACAUUUGUCGUAAUGGAAGUAGGGAACGAAUAUCGAGUGCCUUUUGCUCAAAAAAAUGGAGAGAUGAGCUGCUGUGAGUACGAGGACCCUUCAAGGCUUAGAGACAAAACGCAGCAGUUUCUCGUUCUCGAAAUGCGUUACGCUCAAAAUGUACGAUACUUCGAAGACAUACUUCCUGAGAUUCGUUAUCUUCUUGACUUUGCGGAUGAUGUAAAGCAGCAAGGCAACGAAGUGUUACAGCGAUGGAAUAUGAAGAAUCGCGUCAUGUGCGUACAUAUCCGACGGUCAGACUUUGUCCGGUUAAACCUUGCUACCAAUCUGAAUGAAAGUGUGCGAAAAGCACGGAAUAUAGCAAGAAGGCAGAAACUUUCGCAGUUCCUGAUUUUUGGAGAUGAUGUGGAUUUCAUGAGAAGAAUGGCUGAGAGAAUGUUACCAGACAAAGUCUUCUUUUCAACGUUCACUGAAGGAAUAGACUUCUUUUUGGCGUCGAAGAUAUGUGGAGGAAUGCUGAUGACAACGCCGAUGUCGACAUUCGGCUGGUGGCUGUCAUUUUUUGCCCCUAAUCAAGAUGCCAUAUUCUUUAACAACGAUAGUACGACGAUGGACGACAAAUAUAUCAGCCAAGAUUUGUUUCUACCAUCAUGGAAGCCAUAUGUGGAUAAAAUACGGUAG